UUUCGGAGCGCCUAAUGCAAACGUGUGGCCUUGCGGCAGUUUAAAUGGACAAGGAGGGUCCUUCAUGGAAAGAUGCUAUACUUACAUCCCUGCUUGAACGUGAUAUUAUUGAGAAGUCAUUUUUUACUGAAAUUUUUACACAAUACGACUCAAAUAAGGACAUUGUGUUAUACCUUAAGGGGGAAAACACUCGUCUUGUACGUGAAUUAACACUAUGCCAACAAGAGAAAUCCUCAAUACAGCUAGAACUUGAAAAGAUAAAGUCUGUCAAAUCCUAUGACUAUGAGCAGAAGGUGUUUCAUUUGCAAGAAGAGGUUACCGAAUUGCAUCGACAGAAAGGGAACGUAAGUUCAAAAGUAUGUUUGCAAAACUGCUAGCUCGCGCAAAAUGUUAUUGAUUUAAACAGAGUUCUUCAGGAGAAAGACACCUUGCUACAAUCAAAGUCCUUGAAGUUGGUUUUACAGUUAUAUAAGCGAGCUGUUUAGGAUUUCGGAGUUAGAGGACUGCCUUAAGGCUAAUCAAGUGCAGAAUCAUCACUUGAUGGAAAAGGUUAAGGGACUAGAGGAAACUAAAGAAGUGUGUUGUAUUGGUGUUAUGCAACGUGUGUUCUCAGUUGCUUACAGAUGAACAGGCCUCACACUUAAUGACCGCGAAGGCACUAGAAACAAAAAACAGGCAACUUGAGGAUGAUAAUCUGCAACUUAUGAAACGAAUAAAAGCCCUCCAGUCCACUGUUGAAAGGUUGAAAAAUAUAGAGUAUGAUGUGCAGUAUAGAAAAACUCAAGAAACAAUCCGCAAGAAUCUUCAAGAUGCAGUCAAUUCGACUAUAUUCGUUACUGAUAGUGAUUGUUCGGACAAGCCACUACCCUGUAAAUCUGCACUUCCGCGUAACGUUGCAGUCAAAAUAGAUGCUAAUGAAAAUGAAGUAAAUAGUGUUCGGUUCACUCCAUCAGGCCACAUUUUCGGAUCAGCAGGAUUUGAUCGUAAACUCCGAUUAUGGACAUAUCUAAAUGGAAAAUGUGAAAUCCAUUCUACCCUUGUUGGUUGUAAUGCUGCUGUCACUGCUAUAGAUUUUGACCCAAAUGAAACUGCUGUUUUAGGUGCCUCAAGUGAUUUUUCGUGUCGUGUAUGGACACUAAAUGAUUCCAGACUUCGAGUCAAUUUGACAGGACAUUCUGAGCGUGUUAUCUCUGCUAAAUUUAUGAGGUCUGCUAACCGCGUUGUCACUGCUUCAUCAGACAGAACGAUCAAGAUUUGGGACGUUGACAAGUGCUGUUGUAGGCGUACCAUCAUGGCUGCCUCCACAAUCCAAGAUGUAGUUGUUUGUCCCUCCAUGUCUGCGCUUGUUACUGGCCAUUUCGAUCAGCAUUUACGCAUUUGGGAUGAACGAUCUGGGGAAAAUACUGGCAAAAUCUUGCUCUCCGGGCGUAUUACUGGUAUGGACAUCUCCUCUGAUUUCACAACUGUUUUAUCUUGUACACGUAACAACACUUUAGAAAUUGUGGAUUUACGUAUGAACCAAGUUACACAAUGCUUGAAAGCUGAUGGUUUUCAAACAGGUUUAGAUAUAGUUCGACCAUGCUUCUCACCUGACUCAGAUUAUGUAGCUGCUGGUGGACAUGAUGGUGGAGUUUAUAUUUGGAGCACAGUUUCAGGAAAUUUAGAAAUUUGUCUCCGUGACCAUACAAAUAUUGUCGUUUGUUGUCAUUGGAAUCCGAAUGGUAAUUCUCUAGUUUCAUGUGAACGUAUUAAGAAAGCAAUUGUCUGGUCUAGUUUGUAAAAUUUCAUUACUAUGGUAUUUAUUUACUUACACAUAGUCUUCCAGUAAACAUUCUCUUUAAUCCGGCUUUACAUUAAUCUUUUCAAUGUUCGUUUGUUUUUGUCAUGUUCUUUCUUACCAGAUAUUUUCCCUUCUUUCUCCUUCCAUAUUUCCUAAUUUAAACACUAUUUGUAAUUUUUUAUUACAUACGUGAUAAUGGUUAUAAUAGGUUUCAUUAUAUUUAUAAUUAAUUAUAUCGACUUACGAUUUAUGUAUAGUAUUCGUAAUUAAUUUAUGUAUUAAUUUACUUCUAAUAAAAAAGAUAAUAUUGAGC